AUGAAGCAAUCGAGAAAGUCUGCCAAAGUUGCUUAUCAAGGAUUAAAGGAGUUAGUUAAAUUUGGAAAGUUUGCUGAGAUUGAAGACACUCCUGCUGUUGGUUCAAUAAAUGUUGAGGUUGCUGACGAACACGUGGCGCCCAAACCAAAGUUUCAAUUUGCCAUUGAAGAGAUUGAAUUAUCUGAUGAUGAAGAAGAUCAAGAGGAUGAAGAAAAUGAAUUUGCAGAAAAAGAGUUUGAUGUCUUUACUCAACAAAGUAUCUCUAACCCAGAGAAGGAUGCAGCUGUCACACCUCCUGUUGUGACUGAAAGGGUAAGUGAUACAUCAAUGCAAUCUUCCAUAUCGACACCUGAACAUAUGGAUGCUCUCAUAGCAGAAUUACAGCAAACUGCAACGAAGCCUCCACAAAUAAUUUCUGUCGCUACUGAACCUCCAUCUGAAAGUGAUCCAGAAGACUCAGCCUACACUUUACUCCCAAGGAAGCGAACAAGAAGAGAUCCAAGGCCGGGAGUGUUUAUCACGGACCCAGUUCAAAAUAAAUCUACACCGAUUGAGCCUGGUUCUAUGGCUCAAAACAUACAAAGCACAUUCACUGAGACCUCUCCAGUGAUUCAAGAAAUACCAAGCCAGAUCCCUGAGCCCAUUCCUAUGGAUCAGGAUUUUCAAAGCCCAAUUGUUGAAGAAGAAGUCAUACCUUCAGAAGGAGCUCAAACUUCAGGAAGAUCAUUUGAAACACCCGAGUUGGACAUCUCCAAAGGAAAAAGCAAGUUGCCUGAAUCUGAAUUGGUUGAUGUUGUUCAGCUUCAGAACAAAGUCUUUGAUCUGGAACAAAACUCUGCUGAAAAAGAUUUGGUAAUUGGAAAGCAUGAUAUUCGAAUCAGCGAGCUUGAGAAAGAGAACUCCGAUAAAGAUUCAAAGAUCUUAGAGCUUCAAGCGAAUCUCGAUGGUUUAACUGUUCUAUUCUUUGAUCUGAAACAAUUCCUAUUUCAGAAGUUUGGUGAUAAAUUUCAACCAUUGAGCGCUGAAGGAGAAAAGAUCACUGCUUCUAUUUCAGGUCCCGUCAAUCAAACUUCACAAUCUUCAAGUGAAAGAGCUGCAAGACCUGCUCCAGAUGCUAACCUUGAUACAUUCCUAUCUUCUGGUUCUCUUUCUGCUCAAGAAAGAAGAGAGAAGCAAAUUAGCGUAAAAGAUGAGCUCGGAAGCAAAAGGAAGCGGAAUUGA